AAAUGAUAUUAACAGUGAACAAUUGCAGGUAACCUUGACCUUGUGGGGAACAAGUCAGUGGUGAAGAUGGACUUCAACCCAUGGGUGACUCCAAUAGCUGAUCAACUCCAAGUGGGCAUCAGCCAUGUCAUGGAUUACAUACGUUCUGAAACAUACAAAUAUGUGUACAGCCGCCAUGUAGCAGCAAGGGGUCCACCUCCACCAAAACUGAACGACAAAACUCAAAAGAUUUCCCGCCAGCGUCAGAAGAGCUAAAGAACCAACUCUCAUGAUCUCUCUGAAGUUUUAACCUUUCUACUAAUAAGUCAGACUCGCUCCAAACUAAAUAGAUUUGAUUUUAUUGUCCUCCAGAUUUUCUCGGGUUUCAGUUAGUUCUUUGUUCCUUGUUUGAUUUAGAAACACAUAGGAAUUUAAGAGAUUAACCUGGAUUUGUGUCAAAAAUUUACAUAACAAGCAUGAAAUGCCUGAGGGUAUAAACACAAAACUGAGCACUAAACAGUUUUAUUUGCCUAAUAACAACACUUGUAAGUUUUCCAUACAACAGGCGGGAAGAGCUAAGUCUUCAGAGUCCAUUUUGUAAUUAUAAAACACAAUUGGAAAAAUUACAAAAAUAUCAAAUUGCACACAAACAUAUUAUAACACAGUCUAAAAGGAGAAUAAUACUGUUGGUUAAUAAAUAUCACACUUCUAUGAGACGGGAUAUAGAAGAAGAUAUAUACUCACAUAACAAACAUCAUAUGUUUCUGGGAAACCAAGCAAUCCAAACAUAGGAUUCCACUUGACUGGAAGGUAUUAGUUUUUUGUGUCCAUCUACCAGUAUGAUGUUAGCUAAGGGUUAAUCAUAGCUAAAUGUAAAUUUCAAAAUUCUGUUCUCAAUAAAAUACUUGGGAAUUCCUGGAAAUCAGUUAUGAGAAAAAGUUAUUAACUUCAUAAAUUGUAAAUAAUUAUAAUAUUUUAAAUUGUACUCUAUAUGUUAUAGUAAAAAACAUUUUAUAAAGAAAUCAUUUAAAGUAAAACUAAUAAAUUGGUUGUCAUACUGCUUUGUUUGUUUUAAUAUUGGUAACUGGUAUAUAAGUAACUGCAAAACUAGAAUACGUACGAUUUACUACCACUUUUAAUGUUUUAGUACUGAACACAUUGUAUUUAUCAUAUACUUCCAUUAUGUUAUGCUUUAAUGUCUUUUUUCUAAUACACUAAUUAAUUGUUAUUGAAAAUAAUAAAUAAUGAUGUUCUAAAUAAACAAAUUAAACCUAAAGUGCAUUAUUUACAACCACUAAAAUAAGAACAUUAUGAUUACUGUACUUAAAAAUAGCUAAACUACUGCCUUAUUAGUAUUAGUUACCUUUGUUACUGGCAUGCAAGUAAUUUAAUUUAUUACUAAUAUGUUUGAAAUAAAAUUGUUUGCUAUUA